AUGUAUUGUGAGGUCAUUCCCCACAGAUCACAUACCGAAUCAACAAUACUUUCUACUCGGGUGCGUACGAUUCCGAAUCCCCAAUCCGAGAAGGAAAAAAGCUUUGCUGCCUUUCAAGAAGGUUAUAGAAAAGACGUGGAAAGGGGUGUUGCUCGGAUGCUUGAUGAGGAGGUGUUGUGGAACAUUAUGAUGACUUGCAUCAUCCUCCAUAACAUGAUUGUGGAGGAUGAGUAUGAUUAUGAUGUUUCAAAGGUGUUCGAACCCGAUUCCAUGAAUACGGCGUUGACAAGAAUUUAUGAAAGGCCGAUGAGACCAAAUGGACAACCAAUAGAGCACAAACUGUUAAUUCGGGAAAGUCAAGAUUAA